CAGCACCAAGUGGGAAUAAGAGAAAUCAGGGUUUCUCAACCCAGAACCAUUUUACACAAGAUCAUGUGCCUUUAUGCACUUCUCUUAGCUCGGCAAGGGGAACAGCACCAGCAAAGAGGAGAUUUUAAGGCUUGAACGUUGAAUCUGGCUGCCCUCGGUUUCCAGCGACGCCCAGAGGGGCUGAGAGCCUCGGCCACCAGAGGGCGAAGGACCCCUGCCUCGCGCGUGCGAGCUCCCGCAGAGGCUGAGCCUAGAAGCGGCGGCUUAGGAAACCGUGGAGGAUGGGCCGGGCCGAGGGGGAUUAACAAGACGAGUGCGACUCUUGGCAAUCGCUGGACGACUGAUCAAAUGUCAACGCGAGGUCUGCCGGCUCCGUCACGAUCUGCCUGUUUCGUUUCAAUGGGGGAAGCACUCCUGUUCCUGCCCCACUAUUUUUUUAAAUGCAAAGAGAUGGAUCAACACUUGCGUCUUUAUUCUAUUUCGUUCAGGGCCGCGGAACCCCAACGAAGCACUCCCGCCCCAUGACGUCGACACGCCCACCGCCCCGCCCCCUGCGGGGCACGGCGCGCCGAUGUGACGUAACGCGCGUGUCAGCGUCAGCGCGCGUGGAGCCCGGAAAAGGCGCGGACUGUGAGCUGGUACUACGCUGCGGUGCGGCGCCUCCGUACCCAUGGCGCUGUGGCGCGGCUCCGCCUGUGCGGGCUUCCUGGCGCUGGCCGUGGGCUGCAUCUUCCUGCUGGAGCCGGAGCUGCCGGGUUCGGCGCUGCGCUCCCUGUGGAGCUCGCUACGGCUGGGACCCGCGCCACCGGGACCACUGUCCCCCGAGAGCCGCCUAGCGGCCGCCUGGGACACCCUCAUCGUGCAGCCAGCCCGGCGCUGGCGCCGUGUGGCCGUAGGAGAAGAACAUUUCUCCGGGAGCAAAAUCCAAGGGAAAACAGUUACUACCCUGCAGAGCCCAGAGUUCUUGGUACAGCAGACAAAAGCACAAAGACAGCCUCCAAUCUGGAUUAAGGUCAUCAUAGCCUGGCUAAAUAUGAAAACAUGCAGUGACUUCUUGGGUCAGCUAAAUAAGAAAACUGUGGCAAAAUCAUCAAGACUUGUGGAAUUUUUAAAAUAACAGCACAAAAAAAUAAAAAAUAAAAUAAAAUAACAGCACACACAGUAGAUACAUUGCAAUGAUCUCUACCUUUCAACUAAUGGAAAUCUUCCUCACUAUACCAGUCUAGAAAAGCAUUUGCACUUAAAAAAUUUUUCAGAGCAGGAAUUACAAUUCAAUUUUAGAAAGAAAAUAACAGGUACAAGAACAAUAAAUUCACAACUAGACAGUUAAUACAAAUGUAAGAAGGGUGCAGAAAAAAUUCAUUUUAUGCACACACACACACCCCACAGCAGGCAGCUGUGUGGUUAUGAACCAGCAUGGGCUAUGCACACCAAGCUUUCCUCCGUGUAAACUGAGCAACACUGCACACUCAGAGCCUCAACAAGCCAACUUGCAUUCUACCUUCAACCUUCUAUGACUGAAGCUUUACUAUAUAAAAACACAUACAACAUACACUUUUCAAAUUGAAUUCAUUUACACUCUAACCUUGCCCAAUGUAGGGUUAUAUUCAUCUUUUAGAAAAACAAGCAUAUGACAAUAUCUCUCCAAUUUUGUACAGCGAUAGAGGUUAAACCGUUGCCAGACACCCCCGGGCUUAAUGUUCCUUACUUCAUCUCCAGAGCUGAAAGACUAUGAGGAAAGACCAGUAAAAAAACUGAAUAUUUAGUUGAAAUCUUAACUCUAAAAAAGACAACACAAAACAAUAAAAAAGGGUCACCAAUAGGGUUGCUGUACUUUGUAACAACUUACUACAUAUUUUAUAAAAAAAAAACUUCAAGAGACGAGUUCACAGGUUCUCAACACUGAAGUGGCAAAUAUUCAGGGAGCCAGGAUAUGAUAAAUUUGAUCACUGUACACUACAUGCAUGUACUAAAGUUUCACACCAUAACUAACGUACCCUAUACAUAUAUACAAUUACUAUCAACUACAAAUACUUAACAUGUUAUACAAAGAAAUACAUUUGAAAACAAACAGAGAGAAGACCAAGAUGGUGGAGCAGUAAACAGCACAGAAAACAGCCUCUUUGAGAGCAGCCAUCCAGACGCUGGAAUAUAGCAUCAUAAGGAAAACAAGGAGGAGGAAUGUGGGUCCACUGAAUCCAGGAAAAAUCUGAAGGGCAAACUAAAGCUCACAGAAAGAAUGAAAAGAAACACUUCCACCACGAAAAAGGUGGCAGCUGGUAACACCUUCUGCUUGAGACAGAACUCAGCAUGAGAGGAACGGUUUGAACCUGCAGACACACAGUCAUGGUGAGAGUGAUGCUGGCAACCCCAGAAACCUCUGUAGAGAGAUGCAGCAGUGGACAUGGAGGACCCCACUGGCUGGCUCUCUCCCAUGGGAGACAACAAUUGGCCGGGAGCUCUUGGAGAUGGGCCAGCUGAGCUCAGAACCCAGAACUGCUGCCAGCUCCAUCUAGCAGAGCCUAGCUAGGCUCAGACUCUCAGUAAUUGCUCAGACAGCAGUGAACACAAUGUGUCUGGUCUCAGGACAGGCCUGCUGAGAUUACCCACUAACCUGCGAAAAAGCUACUGCUGGCUUGUUGGGAGAGAUCAGCAUGAUUCCGGACUCUGUCUUCACAGGCUGUCUAUUAGUGAAAUCUGAGAAAAUCCUGAAAGUAGAUCGUUUUGUUUUUCUUUUCAUGUUUUUUCCCUCUUUCUCCUUCACUAUUUUAUAUGAGUGAACGGGAAGUUCCUAACUUCUUUGUGGGUGUGGUUCUGUUCUGUUCUUGCUUUUAUCUCUUCCAUCUCUUUUUUCCUUCAGUCUUCAUCCUCCAACUUUACUUGUAAUCUCUUCCUCCCACUUCUCUAUUCUCUCCUUAAUGCAUUUGAAAAUUUAAUCCCAAGGCCAAAAUUGACACAUGAAGGUCUUAUAUACUGCAUGUAACUUUCUGAUUUUACAUUUUGUGAUAUAAUCACAAGUCUAGUCCAUACAGUUAAAAGUGGCAAAUUAA